GCAGCAGCAGCUCAUAUCUCGCCGAUUUCCAAUCUAGUUGUUGUGUGAAGAAAUCGCCAAGAUGCAGAAUGAAGAGGGACAAAACAUGGAUCUGUACAUCCCCAGGAAGUGUUCUGCUACUAAUAGGUUGAUCACUUCAAAGGAUCAUGCAUCUGUUCAGGUUAAUGUGGGUCAUGUGGAUGAGACUGGCCGCUACACUGGCCAGUUCUCCACUUUUGCCCUCUGUGGUUUUGUGCGAGCCCAGGGAGAUGCGGAUAGUGCACUUGACAGGCUGUGGCAGAAGAAGAAAGUCGAAGCYCGCCAAUAGUUGGUUGUAUGGUGUUUAACGACGUUUUUCAUGUUUUUGAAUUCGAAUUGUUAGGAGGAGCAGGGCCUGCAGGGGGGGUGGGGGAAAUUACAUUAAGUUUGUAGCUUAUUAUAUUUGAGAUCCUGGCCUUGAAUUUUGCUGCUAUCAAGUUGUGGUUUUUUGGU